CUAGGAAACAGUGAACAGCCAGAGAAAGGAGCAACCUUUUUCUGAAAUCAUUUGUUGUGAUACUGUCCUACUUUGAACAGACCAAAGAAGAUUUCACAGAAAAGAGUCAACAACUGAAAACUCUGUGGAAUAACAUGAAGCUCAGUUGCCUUUCUGUAGCUUUGCUGAUCCCACUGCUGUCUUUGGUAUUGAGAUCACAGGCUGGAGUGGUGGAUGACUUCAACCACGUAGAGAGCUGUAAGGAUUUUCUUUAUAUGGGCACUCCACCAAAAGGCUACCUUAGUACCUCAUUAAAAAAGAUUUGCCAGCGAUACAUGGACAAGCCUCGCUUCAUCACCUUCUAUGACCCCAAAAAACAUAUUCCCAUCUACUCAGCCUACACCUUCAAGAAAUCAGAUGGGGAGAAACGAGUAGAUGUUCCCUGGAUGUUUGAACCACAGCUGGCUAUUGAAAAAGGUAGCAGUAGCAUGGAACCCUUCCCCCAGUCAUCCUUCAUGCACAGAAACUUUGAAGACACACAGGCUGUGUUGGAAGACUAUGCUGAUGUGAUCCAAUAUGAACGUGGCCAACUGAACCCAGAUCAGCAUCAAGCAGACCCGCUGGACAAGGCCGCCACAUACACCUUGACCAAUGUGGUUCCCCUGAUAAGGGAGUUCAGUAUUGGUCCCUGGAGCACACAGGAAGAUGCGAUCCGCAAACGGCUCAAUAAUUUUUGCCACGGUAAGGCUUAUGUGAUCACUGGGGUGACAACGUCUGGUAACAUGAUCCGGCGUGAUAACCUGGAUCGUGUAGCCAUCCCGGAGUACAUAUGGACAGCUUAUUGCUGCACAGAUUAUGAUCACAACGCUCCUUACUCAGAGCGCUACAAGUUUCCGGCAUUUGGUGCCUAUGGCCUCAAUGAUCGUGUGAACAACCAGAUAGUGGAGGUUCCAAUCAAGAAUCUGGAGAAAUUUCUCAAGGGCAAAAUGCAGGUGGAUAGGAACUUCCAGGUCUUUUACAGCGACUGUGUGUCUGACUCGUAGGGGGUUACAAACCAAUCAAAUGGGUUCAUUAUCAUCAGAGAUCUUAAUAUAUAUGGUAAAAUUUAAAAUUUGUGGGGUUGCAUUUACUUAAGACACACCUUAAAUGUUUUAAUUAAUUUCACAAAGGCCUUUAAACCCCUUGAGAUUAGAGAUUAUAUCAUUUUUAUUACUAUUACUUAUUACAUUAAAAUGAUGAAUGUUAUAUUCAUUAGCCACUUAUAAAUUAUUAAUAAAAAUAUAAUUUAUCA